UCUCCCCCAUUCGCGGAGCGAAUAAAUAAACGGAACUAGCGCAAGUUCGGCACGACUCGCUCAAUUCGGACGGGAGAGAACGAGGACUUUUGUGCGUCGUCCGGACGAUGAUGGGCGCGUUCGCUCGUCAUCGCGAGCGCGAAGAUCUGCGCGAUGGGAGCGGAGGACUCGUUCGUGCACUACUUGUCGUGGUCGUCGCGCGCGUGACGUCAACGCCUCGUUGGCAUGGCUUCUUAUCGCACCGAGAUACAGCGGGAUAAUCGAAUCCACGAGAUACCGUGGAAUUUGCAUGUUAGCGUUAACGCGUCGCAGAUAAACGCGAGACUGCUCUUGCGAGAGAACGACGGCGUGCAGCAUUACGAGUAUUAAACCUGAGACGCGAACAAGAGCUUUCCCGUGCAAAUUAUCCUUAACCUGAGCUGAAGAACCGAUCGGGAUAUUGCUUCGGGAUUGUUCCGAAAUUGUUUCGUCGUUUUUCAUCAAAUUAGCGCAUCGACGAUCGACGGCCGUCGGAAAGGCGCCUGCCUGUUCUGCCAGGAGUACUUCAUGGACCUGUACCUCCUGGCGGAGCUGAAGACGAUCUCGCUGAAGGUGACCACCGUCGACAUGCAGAAGCCGCCGCCGGAUUUCCGCACCAACUUUCAGGCCACACCGCCGCCUAUCCUGAUCGACAACGGCGACGCGAUACUGGAGAACGAGAAGAUCGAGCGGCACAUCAUGAAGAACAUUCCCGGCGGGCACAAUCUGUUUGUACAGGAUAAGGAAGUGGCCACUCUCGUGGAGAACUUGUUCAGCAAACUCAAGCUGCUGCUGCUGAACGCCAAGGACAAGGACAGGGAUCCCAAGUCGUCGUCACUGAUGGCGCAUCUGCGCAAGAUCGACGAGCAUCUGGGCCGCAAGGGCACGCGCUUUCUUACCGGUGACACCAUGUGCUGCUUCGAUUGCGAACUGAUGCCGCGGCUGCAGCACAUCAGGGUCGCCGGCAAGUACUUCGCCGACUUUGAGAUACCGGACACCCUGGUGCACCUCUGGCGGUACAUGCACCACAUGUACAGGCUCGACGCUUUCUUGCAGAGCUGCCCGGCCGAUCAGGAUAUCAUUAACCACUAUAAACUGCAACAGAGUAUGAAGAUGAAGAAGCACGAGGAACUGGAGACGCCGACCUUCACCACGAGUAUCCCGAUCGAGGUCAACGACGAUUAGACACACCGUGCGCGCGGACCCUCCUUCAAAGUCGGGUCUGCGAUCGCGUGACUUCGAUUAGACAUUGAGAUCGGCCGGCCUAGCGAGACGACGACGAGUCGACGCCUCUGAAGCGGAGUUUCAACGGCACGCCUUUUUUGUAAUUUAAUAACCAGCAGCAACGAAAACGACCGAUAGAAUCCGUUGGGACUCCUCCCGUCUUUCCCAGCUGCCGAGCUCUCGUGGUCGUCGCCGCGUCAUUGAUCGGUACAUAUUUUCUACUAAUCAUUGUUAGAAUUGUCAUCGAGUCUUUCUUCUCUCUCUCUCUCUCCUCUCUCUCUCUGUGUAUCUUUUCCUCUUCCUCCCCUCUCUUUCUAUACCUUUGCGAGGAUUCAAGUCACAUGUGAACGAAUUAGCUUUUUUACCGCAAGCGACGCGAAAACAUAUACAAGUGCAUUUAAGGCUUUCGACAAAUCUUACAAGUGAUUCUUAAAGUAUUCGGUCUCCUUCCUCUCUUCGUUGCUGUACUUUUCCAUUACGUACGACAGGUGUACGUAGUUUUGACCUGAGUAGUAUUAGUAAGAUUUCAAUUUGCUACUGUUGAUUUAACGAUUGAGUUUAUAACGGAGGAAGCGAUGGUUUCUCGCCGUUCCGGCGAAACGAACCGCGGGAACCAACACGACGAAUGCAAAAGAAACGUAUGCGUCGAGCGGAAAAACCGAAUUGGUGCCAUUGUUUAAUGAUUUUGGGGUCUUUGAUAAAAUUGAUUCUUUCGCAUAGCGGCGUAACUGUUAUCAUGUAGGAUAAAAAACGUAAGUGAACUGAAUUAGACUACGAAGUAAGUACGAGACGCGUUUCGUUGCUGUUUCCAAGUUGCGAGCAUAAAUGUCAUCUUGUACUUUUAGACUUCUUUUUCAUCGCCACCGCUCCUUCGUGUCACGCAAGUUGAUGAGAACCAAGAUACUUAAACAUGACUGAGUCAUUCGUAUUAACGAAUUUAGAGGUACGGUGUUCGCGGAAUCGUAAACAGGUCUUCUCUUUAACACGACUUUUUAGGGGUUUUACGCGUUAUCGUGCGUCCGGUGCAUUUUUUUCUCGAUAUACGUAGAAAAAAAAAGGAGAGGCGUCCAUUGCGAAACACGCGAUUCAGAGUGCGUACGUUUCUUCUGAAUUCCGCAGCGUAGUACGACGCAUUUUGUUAUUCUCGUUUCAUUGUUAACACGUUUACAUAUUGAGUUAAUAAAUGAGGUGAAACGAAAAACGGAUAUCGCGAAUGAUCGAUGCUCCAUGACGUUUCUCUCUUUUCUCUCUCUUUCUCUCUCUCUCUCUCUCUCUCUCUCUCUCUCUCUCUCUCUCUCGAGUCGGGCUAGUUGGAAGCAUUUAAUUAAAAAAAAAAAGGAGAACAUCUCGACACCACUUAUUUCCACUAAUACACGAUCCACUGUGCUCUAAAGGCAGAAAACGAAAAACGAGCAACUGUGUCUACUCGAUAUUCCGUAUUAGUAAUUCUAUUAUAAUUAUUAUUACUAUUAUAUAUUAUAUAUUAUUAUUUUGGUUUAUAUACCCGUAGAAAUGUCAAUAUACCAGUGUUUACAGUAA